AUGCACCGAGCUCCCAAGCCGAUGCACCAGCGACCCGCGCCACAAGAGCCGGCGCGUUCCAUUGACAUUCCACGUGCACCCGAGCCGAUGUGUCGCCCGAGUGGGCCCGAAGCUGGGUUUUUGCCGCUGCCGGCAGCCCCGGCCUAUCAGCCGGCGGCCUUGGGCCCGAGCCCCGCACCGCGCUUCCAUGCGCCGUACCCGGAAGAAGAGGAGGCGUACUUGACGUGUGUCGACAACGCCGACGACACGCUGCCGCUGGGCGCCGAAGCAGGCUCGUACCACGUCAAGGCCGCGCUCAUCCAGCAGAUCCAAGCGCCAAAAGCCAAGAGCGCAGAAAACAGUGAGCCGCCACGCAUGGAAGAGAGGCACGAUAUGAUCUACCUUCCAAAGACGUCUGAGUUUGCGCACCAAGUGCGUCGCAACGAGUACGACUACUACCCUUUCGGUGACGAUGGACAGUACGAGACGUCGCUGAAUACGGUCGACACGCUCCCGCUCGGCAUGGAGGCCGGCGCGUACACCAAGGGCAAAUUGGAUGUCGCCGCGUAUGAGCGCAAGCAGCGCCUCAAGGCCGAUCAAAUCAAGCACCUGGACGUCAAGGUGCGAUUGGACCGACCGCCAGACCGGUACUAGGAGCCCCGCGGGUCGUAAAAUGAAUGAGCAAAGUGCGAUGUGGC